GUCCGAGUCAGGUCUCCUUUUCUCGACAUUCGCAUUAGCAAUUCGACAUGCAGACACUCAAUUCAAAAGUCAAUCUCUUGCCGGCCUCGAAUAUUAUUGGUGCAAUGCAAACUGUCAUAGUAAUUGCUGAAGUUUGAAACACUUCACUCUGAACAAUAAUCAUUCACUGCAGCUGGCGCACUCACGAGUGAUUCAGAUGCCAGACCUCGAAACCCAGUAUUUCAAUUCUCCAGUACCAACCAUUAUGUCAAGGACAUCAACGACCAGAGCCUCAUCACCGCCAUUAUUACUGAACACCAGCAGCGUUUGGAUGCAGUUUCACAUGAGAUCUCAGACCUGGAAACAGUCACGGAUAAUAUGCAAAAUAUUCACCAGCAACUCAUAAAAAAGAAGGACAAGAUCACGCAGUCCAUUAAUUUUCACAAGAGACUUGUAUCAACUGUCUGGAGCCUUCCAACGGCAAUUUUAUCUCAAAAUCUUCACCACUGCCUUCUGGAAUUCGAAUUCGAUGGCUUGUCGUAUAUACCAAAGCUGGAGGCCCCCCUGCUGUUGAUC